CCUCAUCUCACCUCGAUAUCAUCCAUCUGCCCCACCCAUGGCCUGAUCAACCAUCCUACGCUCAGCGGUCACACAGCCAGCCAUGAGCGCAUCAUCCUCCACGACCACGACGGGCGCACAUCACGAUGCCCUCUAUGAGAAGCUCGUCCAGCAGGAGCGAAUCAUACAGAGCGCUGCCUUGCCAGCCGAUGAGAUGCCUUCUUGUAUGAACCUCUUCGACAAGUGGGCUACUUGCUUCGCUCUCGUGCCGCAAUUCCGCGCCGUGUACCGGUACGGCUCCUUUGACGACUGCACUCGCAAGCUCGAUGACUUCAAGUUCUGCCUCACCCUCAAGGGCAUUGAUCAAGCUCAGAAGAGGGAAGCCUACAUCGAGCGCAAGGCGCGAGCUAUGGCUAGAAGGCGGAUGCCAGGCGGCAAUACCUCAGAAGAGGUCUGGGAGAUGAGGACGGACCCGAUCAUUGAUCUCCAGUGCGUCGAUGAAGCCCUUCUACCCAAGAAGGACGGCGGGAAGACGUAGGGGCUGUUGUCAGACUCUCCUACUUUUCCAUUCGCUUCAGCCCCAUGCCUGACCCAGCAUCACCGCUCCGCUCAAGGCUCCUUGCCGGCUUGCAAUCUACCUUCAGG